GCGGGGCGUGGGGGGGGUCAGUGCGGGACGUGGCGGUGGAGUGGAGGUGGGAGGGAGCGGCGCCAUGACCCGCGGGAACCAGCGCGAACUGGCGCGGCAGAAGAACCUGAAGAAGCAGAGCGACUCGGGCAAGGGCAAGCGGCGGGACGACGGGCUCUCGGCUGCCGCCCGCAAGCAGAGGGACUCGGAGAUCAUGCAGCAGAAGCAGAAGAAGGCCAACGAGAAGAAGGAGGGCAACAAGUAGCGGGCGGCCGCGCCGGGCUGCCGCCCCAGGGCCGGUCCCGCCGGCAGGAUGCCCCGCGCCGCUCCAGGCCGGGUCCCGCCGGGACCUCCGGCAUCGCCCCGCGCCCGGUGGCGCCGUCCCCUAUUAAAGUAGCUGUGGAGCCCUGCA